AUGGCAGCCCCAGCUGUUAAUGUUGAAAUGGCAGCCCCAGCUGUUAAUGCUGAAAUGGCAGCUCCAGCUGUUAAUGCUGAAAUGGCAGCCCAAGCUGUUAAUGUUGAAAUGGCAGCCCCAGCUGUUAAUGUUGAAAUGGCAGCCCCAGCUGUUAAUGCUGAAAUGGCAGCCCCAGCUGUUAAUGCUGAAAUGGCAGCCCCAGCUGUUAAUGCUGAAAUGGCAGCCCCAGCUGUUAAUGCUGAAAUGGCAGCCCCAGCUGUUAAUGUUGAAAUGGCAGCCCCAGCUGUUAAUGCUGAAAUGGCAGCCCCAGCUGUUAAUGCUGAAAUGGCAGCUCCAGCUGUUAAUGCUGAAAUGGCAGCCCCAGCUGUUCGUGUUGAAAUGGCAGCCCCAGCUGUUAAUGCUGAAAUGGCAGCCCAAGCUGUUAAUGCUGAAAUGGCAGCCCAAGCUCUUAAUGCUGAAAUGGCAGCCCCAGCUGUUAAUGCUGAAAUGGCAGCCCCAGCUGUUAAUGCUGAAAUGGCAGCCCAAGCUGUUAAUGCUGAAAUGGCAGCUCAAGCUCGGAGGACGCAAGGCUAUGUGACCGAAGAGGACGCUAGUUCGAAUCCCGACAGCGGUAGGACGCAAGGCUACGUGACCGAAGAGGUCCCUAGUUCGAGUCCCGGCAGUGGUAGGACGCAAGGCUAUGUGACCGAAGAGGACGCUAGUUCGAGUCCCGACAGCGAUAGGACGCAAGGCUACGUGACCGAAGAGGUCGCUAGUUCGAGUCCCGAUAGUGGUAGGACGCAAGGCUAUGUGACCGAAGAGGACGCUAGUUCGAGUCCCGACAGCGAUAGGACGCAAGGCUACGUGACCGAAGAGGUCGCUAGUUCGAGUCCCGACAGCGGUAGGACGCAAGGCUUCGUGACCGAAGAGGACGCUAGUUCGAGUCCCGACAGUGGUAGGACGCAAGGCUACGUGACCGAAGAGGUCGCUAGUUCGAGUCCCGACAGUGGUAGGGCGCAAGGCUACGUGACCGAAGAGGUCGCUAGUUCGAGUCCCGGCAGUGGUAGGACGCAAGGCUACGUGACCGAAGAGGACGCUAGUUCGAGUCCCGACAGUUGUAGGACGCAAGGCUUCGUGACCGAAGAGGACGCUAGUUCGAGUCCCGACAGUGGUAUGACGCAAGGCUACGUGACCGAAGAGGUUGCUAGUUCGAGUCCUGGCAGUGGUAGGACGCAAGGCUACGUGACCGAAGAGGACGCUAAUUCGAGUCCCGACAGUGGUAGGACGCAAGGCUAUGUGACCGAAGAGGACGCUAGUUCGAAUCCCGGCAGUGGUAGGACGCAAGGCUACGUGACCGAAGAGGUCGCUAGUUCGAGUCCCGACAGUGGUAGGACGCAAGGCUACAUGACCGAAGAGGUCGCUAGUUCGAGUCCCGGCAGUGGUAGGACGCAAGGCUAUGUGACCGAAGAGGACGCUAGUUCGAGUCCCGACAGCGGUAUGACGCAAGGCUAUGUGACCGAAGAGGUCGCUAGUUCGAGUUCCGGCAGUGGUAGGACGCAAGGCUACGUGACCGAAGAGGUCGCUAGUUCGAGUCCCGGCAGUGGUAGAACGCAAGGCUACGUGACCGAAGAGGACGCUAAUUCGAGUCACGACAGCGGUAGGACGCAAGGCUACGUGACCGAAGAGGACGCUAGUUCGAGUCCCGACAGUGGUAGGACGCAAGGCUACGUGACCGAAGAGGUCGCUAGUUCGAGUCCCGGCAGUGGCGCUCUGUUGUAUCCUUGA